AUGUCGAAUACGAGCACUCCGCGGAUUCUUUGGCAGAAUGCCGAUCCGUCGCAGACCAACAUGGACAAAUUCCGUCGUCAAGUGAAUGAGAAGAGGGGUCUGGCGCUCAGAAACUUUGCGGACCUUCACGCCUGGUCGACUGAUCCGCGUACUGCGUCUGAUUUCUGGAUCGAUCUGUUCCAGUACGAGCAGAUCAAACCUGGCGUUCAGCCUACAAAGGCAAUAAGACGGGCGAAUACUUCCAUGUACCCUCCUGCCGAGUUCUUUCCCGAUGUCCUCAUGAACUUCGCAGAGCAUUUAUUGAAUACGAGAUCACUAAACGAAGUCGCACUGUACACCGUCUCGGAAGGCUGCGAGGUCAUCAGGCCCGUGACCAGGCCUGAACUUCGGGAAAUGGUCAGAGCAACGGCCAGCGCCAUGACUCAAGCGGGAGUCACUGUCGGUGACCGCGUGGCCGCCGUCAUCUCCAACUGUGUGGAAGCGGUCGUGGCCUGUCUCGCCACCUUGAGCUUGGGUGCGAUCUGGUCUACGUCAUCACCCGAUAUGGGUGUCGAGGGCAUCAUGCAACGACUGAACCAGAUCGAGCCCAAAUUGGUGCUUUUCGAAAACUCGGUUCGGUAUAACGGAAAACUUCGCCCGCUGGUUCAGAAGUAUGAAGAGUGCAUCGCCAGAUUACGGAAGACGAGAAACUUCGAACUCGGUAUCAUAAUUGCCCGGGAAGUCCCCUACAUCACCGAGGGCAAGAGGAAUGUCGGCACUUGGGACGACUUUGUUAAAGGAGCCCCAGACAAAGAACUCACGUUUGUGCAACUGCCGUUCAAACAGCCCGGGUUCAUCGUAUAUUCUUCUGGCACGGCAAGUGCUCCAAAGUGCAUUGUCCACAGUGCUUGCGCCAUGUUGUUGCAAAUCAAGAAAGACUAUAUGCUCCAUCUGGACGUGAGACCGGGCGACACAAUCUACCAAUAUACGACGACUGGCUGGAUCAUGUGGGCGAUGGUUCUCUGUGGCCUCUCAUAUGGUGGCAGCGUUGUUCUCUACGACGGGUCUCCGCUCUACCCUGACCCUCUUGUAACACUGCGCAUGAUCGAGAAACUCAAAGUAACACUGUUCGGCACUUCCGCGAGAUUUCUGACCGACCUUCACGACAGAAACCUCAGUCCCAGACAAAUAAUCGACUUGAGUAGUCUACGAACCGUUUCUUCCACUGGAUCAGUCCUGCCAGCCAAGGUCUGUGAAUGGUUUUACGACGUUGGAUUUCCGGAAAACAUCCAUCUUGUAUCUGGUUCCGGAGGCACAGAUAUGGCAUGCUCGCUUGUGCUGGGUGAUCCCACUGGGCCUUUUUACUCGGGAGAAAUACAAGUGCCUGCCCUGGGCAUGGCUGUCGAUAUCUUGGACAGCACCAAGGACUAUCCUGUGUCGAUCAAGGGCACUGGAGAGCCGGGAGAGUUGGUGUGCCGGGAACCCUUCCCCUCUCAACCGAUUCUCUUCUGGGGCGAGAAAGGGAUGAACAAAUACCGAUCAGCCUAUUUCGAACGAUUCGGUGACAAGAUCUGGACACAGGGCGACUUCGUCUCCUCUUCGCCUGUUACCGGGGGCUUUACGAUGUUGGGUCGAUCUGAUGGCGUGCUCAACCCUUCCGGUGUGCGAUUUGGCUCGGCCGAAAUCUACAACGUGGUGAGUCAGUUUCCCGAGUUCGAGGACGCCAUUUGUGUGGGCCAGCGCCGUCCACAGGACUCGGACGAGCGCGUCAUCCUCUUCAUCAAGACGAAGGACAACCGGGAUCUCUCCCGUUCCACCAUCAAAGCGGUUCGGUCGGCCGUCGCUGCAGCGCUCAGUCCACGUCAUGUGCCUAGCUUUGUCUUUCAGACUCCAGAGAUCCCCUAUACCAUCAAUGGCAAGAAGAUCGAAUUGGCUGUCAAGCAGAUUGUUUCGGGUCAAAAGGUCACACCAUCCGGCGCUGUGGAGAACCCAGAGAGCUUGAUAUUCUACGAACGUUUUGCUAAGGAUGAGUACUUGAUGGAGGAUGGCAAAGUGAUGCUAAGCAAGAUCUAG